AUGAAUAAUCAGAAAAUUAUCAACAAUGUUUACAUUACAAAAAAAAGAAUUUCUGCUGGGUCAUUUGGAGUUGUCUAUCAAGGGUAAGAUAUUAAUACAAGAAAUUUUGUUGCCAUAAAGAUCGACAAAGAAAAUAAAGAAGACUCAAGCUUAUUAAGAGAAGCCGAAAUUUUAAGAAGACUGCAACAUUUAUAACACAUACCGAAAUUGUACUGGGCUGGAAAGGAACAAGAAUCCUAUGUUCUAGUCAUACAAUAUUUAGGGAGAGAUUUAACUCACUAUAUGAAGACUUUUCGAAAAUUUUCUCUCAAAUGUGUCCUUAAUGUAGCUGAAUAGAUGAUCAACAUAUUAGAAAGUUUACAUAAGAACAAAGUCUUGCAUAGAGACAUAAAACCAGAAAAUGUCUUAGUUGGAAAGGAUGACGAUGAUAAUCAGCUCUACAUUGUAGAUUUUGGCAUCAGUAAGUUUUACAAAGAUGAAAAUGAAUCCCAUAUCUCUUUUCGAGAGAAUUAGCCAUUUAUAGGGACCUCUAGAUAUGCUAGUAUCAAUGCUCACAGAGGCUAUUCCUUGAGUCGAAGGGAUGAUAUGGAGUCUCUUGGCUAUAUGCUCAUAUUUUUACUCAAAGGGUAGUUGCCAUGGUAAAAUUUACAGUUCACCUCGGAGGAAAACAAAAUUAAGUAGGUAGGUUAAAUGAAAAUGAAGAUGGAAGUGAGUGAAUUAUGCAAAGGCCUACCCAUUGAAUUUGGAAGAUAUUUAGAUUACGUUAGAGGCUUACCUUUUAAAUCCGAACCAAAUUAUAAAUACUGUUAAUCCUUAUUUAAAAAAAUAUAAAACGAACACAAUUAUGUCCCAAAAGAGCUGGUUUUUGAUUGGAACAUCUCUCAAAGGGGGGAUAAAGAAGGUUAGAGCUCGAGCAGUAACUUAUUCAAUAGUAAACCGUCGAUGUAACUAAAGAUACAUGAUAAUUUUAGAUUUAAAAAAUCCAAGGAAGAUAUGUCAUCCAAUAACAUUUUGGGAUCUUAACUAAAUUAGUCAAUCGAAUAAGAGAUUAAUUCUUUAUUAAAGACACCUGAAUAGAAAAGAUCUACCUUAACUCCUGAGAUCCAUCGAAAUAAGGGUAGAAUGUAAUCUAUGAGCAGUUAUAAUGACUCAAUAUCAGAGAUUGAUUUCAAUAAUAGUGUCAUGUUGGGAAUCUAGCCUAGCAUAUUAAGUAGAUUAAGCAAGAUUUCUUUUAACUCAAAUUCAAUUGUGAGAAAUAGUAAGUCAAAUAUUUCUUUGACUCCUGAGAUUAAAGCAUAAGGCAAGAUCUAGCAAAUUCAACCGGAUCCAUAUUUAGAAAAAUUAACAGGAGUAAAGAAACGUAAAUCUUAGCUUAGUUAUUCUUCGCGUCGCGGCAAGAAGGAUGAUGAAACUAUUUUCGAGUGUUCAAAGAUGAAUGAAGCUGAAGAAGGAAUAGAAAGAAAAUACAUAGAAUUAAAGCAUCGUUUUAUAAAUGCUCGUUUCAAAUUUUAGCCAAAUAAAAGUCUAAAGUGA